GACAACAGUAAUUAAGAGUGAGAAGUGAAAACUUUCCUUGACUGUACAUAGCAGAAGGAGGAAACCUCAUUGCAAUUCUGAACACAUCCGCUGAGACAGAAAGAGAGCAAGAGAGAGACUUGGAAUGUGAGUGAAGCUCAAGUCAUGAAUGCUGAAAGUCGCAGCUUGUAAUGCCAGAAACAGAUUGCUCUCUGACUGCUGCUUAAGGCAAGUCCAGGUGGCUGCAGCCCCAAAGGCAUGGGGGAAGGGAGUAAACGCUACAGGCACAGGUGCACGUUGCACAAUCAGUUACUCAGUACACAGACCUGAUGAGAAUAAACCUGCAUAUGUUUUCUAUUCCUGUGCCGGACAAGGGAGAACUUCUCCUUGUGCAUGAUGUGUAAGCCGAACACAAUUUGCUCAGCUGACUUCCUCCAGUCAGUAUAUUGACAGAACCAGGACAGCAUGGAGGUUGAACCAGAAGAACACGUGGUGAACGAAUACAAUUAAGCACAAAUUACUUGUGCUGUUUACCUGUGGUUGGAAGUCACAGGCAGUCACAGUGAUAUCAUUUCACUGCUACUUCCAGCUGACAGAUGCAAUUCUGUCAGAAAAUAAGUUAUAUUCAAGCUGUGACCACUGCUGUACGAAUGUGCGAGACCCCUGGGUUACUGAGUGACACUGAGAAAACAAUACAAGAAAAGCAACACAGAGGCAUGACUUAAUGGUUUGCAAAAAUGAAGAAAGCAGCUUCUUUUGGCAGUUUAUGGACAUGACUGCUACUCAGGAUUGAAAUCUGUUUGAAAAUAUAUACCAUAGGUUCAUACUAGGCUAUCUGCCCGAGAGCAUUUACAUUACAUGUAUUGUAUUUUGUGAGCAUACUGGAACUCAAAAGUUCUCCAGCGGGAAUUUGCUCUUAAAACUGCAAAGGAUCUAUUCCAGUUUACUGUGUAACUUAUCUUUACUUCUUUGGUUGGUCCAUCGUGCUGUUAUAAAACAUUACCAGUUGAGCAUGGAGAGCCUAAGUGAGCUCCAGAACCCUCUUUUGGAUAAGACUAAUAAGCAUUUACAGAGUGGGUAUGGUUACCGAGACAGCAUUUCAGAGCAGCCCUAUCCAGAGAACAUCUACAACUAUUUUGUAAGCAGCUCAGCUAAGGCACGGAGUCACCAGCUGCUUGAUGCCAGCUCACUGCAGCUAGCAGUAGAAGCCUUGUACUGCCCAAACUUCAUUCUCUAUAAGGAUGAUACAGCCAGCAAAAGUAGGAAUUACAAAGGUGAAAGCUGUGAAACAACAUUCACUGAAGACAAAGAUUCCACUGAGACCCCUGAUGGUCCUGAUUCCAAACUUCACGACCUAGCUGAAAAUGACAUCAAAAUUCAGACAGUGUCCUAUGAUGUCGCAGAAGAAGAGCAGCAUGACUACGAGACUGACUGCUCCAGUGACAGUGAAAGUGAGGACAACUUCAUCCUGAUUCCACCACAGGAUCACCUGGGCCUUGCGAUAUUCUCCAUGCUUUGUUGCUUCUGGCCACUUGGCAUUGCAGCCUUCUACUUUUCCCAGGAAACCAGCAAGGCUGUCACGAAAGGAGAUUUCCAUCAAGCAAGUGUUUCCUCAAGACGAGCUUUGUUCCUGGCUGCUCUGUCCAUCACUAUUGGAACUGGAGUUUAUGUUGGCGUUAUUGUGGCCCUAAUUGCUUAUCUGUCAAAAGGAGUACAUGUAUAGCAUUUGUUGUUGCAUCAGUUUACACUGCAGAGUACGAAUUUUCAACACUGUCUCUCUGGGAAAGGCAGCAUUGGCAAGCAGCAUGUUGCUGCAGCCUUACAUUUGACUAAUUUGAUAUAGAGAAAUCUUCAGCACUGGAAAACCUUCAACAAAUCUUAUUUUCACCCCAAGAGGAAGGCAAUAACAGAGAAAAAACUGAGUCCCAUGGUGCCCAUGUAACUUGAACAUAGCUAAAAAACAGGGAGUACAUUACAGUGGGAAUGGUCACAGUAUAUUAAUAACAAGGAAUGCUCUUAUGGUCUCUAACAACAAAGCGACAGAGCUAAGAAAAGGGAUUCGGAAAGAUAUUAAUGACAAAAAAAAUAAUAAU